CUGCUUCCUGUGUCAGAGGAAAAGCAAGCGCUGCUGGAGAAAGGUGUGCAUGCCUGUCUGCUUCCAGGUUGCCAGGGAGAAUCACAUGGAGGCCAAGUGCUUCAUAGUGUAUGGCAUACUCCAUGAUGGCCUGGUGGAGUGCAGCAACAGCCUGGAGGAUGUGGGCACGCUGCUACCCUCCAAGGGGCUCAAGUACCGACCCGCCAGGAGCAUCUAUGGGCUCCCAAUGCCCACCCCACCUGGUCCCAGAGUCCCUGCCCCCAUGGCCAAGGAAUGGUUUAUGUCUCCUGGAAAUCACUUGCAGGAGCUGGUAUGCCCAUCCCCUCCGAGCAAUGUGGAUCUGAUGCUGCUGUCAUUUGGCUAAGGCCCAGGAACGAGGGCCAUUCGGGUAAGGAGCUUCCUCCCUAUCUUCGAGCUGCAGGAGCUGGGGCCUGCCAUCUCUGCUGGAGAACGGAACAUACCGCUGCUGGCCACUGUCAGUCUCAUUGAAGUGCAGCUGAGGUGGCCGUGGCUGCAGUCACAUGGCGAAAUUCUGCAGCCUUUUACGGUUACAGUGUGUGACUCACUGGAAGCCUUUGUGCUCACGCUGGUUGGGGGGGGGGGUGUCUCCCCACUUCUGUAAUUCCCCUAUCAUCUUGCUGUUUAAUCCAGCCCCCUCUUUGGAAAUGCUACCCCAGCUCCCUCUCUCCAGUCUGAUGGUUUGACACCCCCGCCCACUACCCAGGUCAGCUUGCUCUGCUUGGAGGAUGUUAACACUUACCUGAGCCAAGCCGUCUGCCUUGGUUUUAAAUCGGACGGUGAACUGUCCCGCAUCAUGGUGAGCUAACCCUAUAAUGCUCCCCCCCAUUCUAUCCUAAUUGUAGCCCCUUCAUUGGUUGAGCUGGCCAGGGGUAUUGGACCCCAUUGCUACUGGGCAGCAGGGUGAUGCCCCCCCUCCCCUUGUUGCUCCUGGGCUGCCACUUUGCCACACAAGUGAGGCACGUGAGCAGCCCUCUUUGAAACUCCCGCCCAGAGGAAAAUAGUUUAUUGUCUUGCGACAGAAACCGCAGUGAGCGUGCAGGGCCACAACAGCGUUAUGACUGCAGGGCCUAAUUUAAGCACUCCCCUGC